AUGGAUCGCAUCCGAAACACUACAUUGCGCUCCAAAAUACGCAUAGCUGACGUAGGGACGAAGACCGUCAGGCUGAAGUGGGACUGGGCGGGUCACGUCUGCCGCAUGCAUUCGGAUAGGGGGGCUAGUAUAGCCACCAAGUGGAUGCCGCAAGUUAAGCGCGGACGUGGCAGACCCAGACUGAGAUGGCGGGACGACCUAGACACCUUCUUCAGUAACUGGCCAGAAAUAGCACAACAGCGGGAGCUGUGGAGAUAUCACGAGGAGAGGCCUUCUAUAUCGGAAAAAAAGCUAAACAUUUUGUACAAAGAUGCGCCUCCUUGA